CUAACGGGACGAAUAACGUGCAGCAUGUGGAGCAAAGCAGCUGUUCUAGGUUCGAACAUCCUGGAGGUAGCCUGUCAGGGACCGUUAGCCUACGUCAAUUGUAGACAGCUCCAGCAGCUGGAAACGAGCAGCCUCCAAGCUUCUGCGGGUCCAUCCUGCCCUCGACGUUACGACCUGUUUCAAUCCUUGCUCAUUACUUUCUCUUUAACGAACCACCAGCUGACGACGACUCCACAACCGCCCGCAUUAUGAGCAAUUGACCGCCCACGCCACUCACUCCUCCAACACCGCCUCUCACACGCAACCCGCGCCACACACUAGCCCGUCCCGCCCACACCACGCAACGCCGCAAUGUCAGGCGUCGAAGACAUCGAAGGUGCGCGCCGGUCGCACAAGAAGCCAUACUCUGCGCAUAAUCCUAUACCGACCAUUCAGGGAUAUCGCGAAGAGCAGCAACGGCGACAGGACCAAUACGGCAUCUCAGACGCGGAGGAAGAAACCGAAGACGGACGGAGUAGGCGCGAGCGGAUCAGCGAUGCGUACGAUGCCUUCACACAUGGCGCCUCACAACACAUCGAGGGUGACCAGCCCUACGCCGCAGAAAAUAAGAAUAUCCACAGGGAAAGAGAAGAGGCCCCGGACCAUGCUGGGCACACGGCGACGGAGAACAACAAGCAGCUGCCCCAAGAUCAAGACUCUGAUGCCGUGGCCGAAGACACCACUGAGGGUGUCAUGACCGAACAAGAUCCCAAAAAGGCGCGGAAGUCCAUGAAGAAGUUCAAUGCCGACGGCACGGAACGGGAGGUCACAGAUCCCGUGACACAUUUGCCCGUCAAAAUUCACGACUUCACAGACAAGGAUCUCAAGAGCACAGCAGAGAACGAACCGCCAUCAGGGAUUGAGCCAAAGACUCGGACCGGCACUGGUGGGAUGGAGAAGACAGAUGAAAUGCUCGAGGAUGACCGGCAGGACUCACAAAACUCGCACAAAGCAAUGCAGGUCCUGUUCCCACCUCCCGAGUUCGAUGAUACACGGCAAGAGAUCACAACGGUCUAUAGGCGAGCUGUGGAAUUUGGACUUGGGAUGAUCACUGUUGGCCUAUUGGGCGUACGAGCGCUGUUCUGGUUCACGCGCAACUCGUCUGGCUGGACCAAGCAGUUCUUCCACUUGAUUGAGCUUGCAUUUUCAGCAGGAAUUGCUGUAGGCACUAUCCUCUUCAUGAGACAGUGGACCGACAACAAGAUCAAGAACGUAUGGGACGUUGAAGUAUGGCAGGCAGAGCGCCAGAAAGGACGCAAGCUGGCCAAGAGCGAGACCGCCGAAAGUACGCAGUGGCUCAAUUCGCUCAUGGCAUCCAUUUGGCCCCUUGUCAACCCUGACUUGUUCACCAGCAUCUCCGACACUCUGGAGGAUGUUAUGCAGGCCUCUUUGCCAAGCAUGGUCCGAAUGGUUGCAGUUGAAGAUCUUGGUCAGGGUAGUGAAGCCCUUCGCCUUCUGGGAGUGCGAUGGCUGCCGACUGGUGCGGCUGCAAGAUCGGUUGACGCUGACGGACAAUUGAAGACCGCCAAUGAAGAAAAGGGAGAUAGGACUGUUGUUGACGAUGGCGAGAGUGGAGGCGACACCCCACAGGAUAGUAUGGAGGCAGAAGAGGGCGACUUCGUCAAUAUGGAAAUCGGGUUUGCAUACAGACCAGCGUCCGGCCACGGCAUCAAGUCAAGAGCGAACAAUGCCCACCUUUACCUUGCAUUCUAUCUUCCUGGCAACAUCAAGCUUCCUGUCUGGGUCGAGCUCUCCGGUAUGGUUGGCGUAAUGCGCAUUCGACUACAGCUCUGCCCCGAUCCUCCGUUCUUCUCUGUCUGCACACUUUCGUUCUUGGGUCAGCCCAAAGUGAACCUCUCUUGCGUGCCCCUCAUUAAGAAAGGCCCCAAUCUUAUGGAUGUACCGCUUAUCUCGAGUUUCGUACAAUCGUCCAUAGAUGCCGCACUGGCUGAGUACGUGGCACCGAAGUCGCUGACACUCAAUCUGAAGGACAUGAUGAUGGGUGACGAUUUCAAGAAAGACACAGUUGCACAAGGUAUACUGGUAGUGCGUAUCCAUCAUGCAUUUGACUUCAAGGAGGGCGAUGCUGGGCUGGGUCCACUCAAAAAAGGGUCCGCAGACCCGUACAUCACAGUGGGUUGGGCCAAGUUCGGCAAGCCUAUGUGGUCCACUCGUGUCCUGCAGAAAAAUAUGGAACCGUACUGGAACGAGGAAUGUUACAUCCUGGUUACUCCCGAUGAAUUGAACGUCGACGAGCGUUUGAGGGUGCAGCUGUGGGACUCCGACCGGACGACUGCUGAUGAUGAUCUUGGCCGUAUUGAGUUGGAUCUCAAAGGGAUCAUGAGAGGCCCCGAGACCAACGGUAAGAUGCAAGAUCGCGAAGAUGGCUUCAAGGCCCUGAAAGCGGGUGAAGGCAUGCCAGGCAAGCUUGCUUGGAGUGUCGGAUAUUACUCGAAGACCAGAAUCACAGACGACCAGCUGGAGAUACAAAAAGAGGACCCCGAAGUCAAUACCAUUGACCAACUGAAAAAGAAGUCAUUUGCGGAGGCAGAAAACAAGCUGCGCGAGGCCAGCAUUGAUCAUCAGCACGAAGUCGAGCAGCAGAAGAAAGAAGAUUUCCAAGGGCGCCAAGACGAGCUCAUCAUUGCAUCACCGCCAGCGCAACACUAUCCCUCUGGCAUUCUCAGCGUACAAAUCCAUCAGAUUACCGGCCUGGAGCUUGAGACACUAAACAAGAAGAAGGGUGACAAGAACGCUGAAGCCAGCGAUGAAGAGGAGCAAGGCGGCGAUCUACCAUCAUCGUACUGCACCAUCAUCAUCAACCACAAGAAAGUUUUCAAGACACGCACAAAGCCAAAGAACUCGAAGCCCUUCUUCAACGCCGGCUGUGAGCGUUUUAUUCGAGACGUACACAAUACCGAGGUUCACAUUGCCGUCCGUGACGCUCGAGUACACGAAGACGAUUCUCUGCUCGGCAUUAUCUAUCUUCCGCUUGAGAAGGUGUUCAAGGAAAGAAGCCAGGUUGUGUCCAUCUACCCGCUGGCUGGUGGAGUUGGCUAUGGACGCGCCCGCGUCUCCCUGGUCUUCCGCAGCUUGCAGGUGAAGCUGCCACGCGAGCUUCAAGGCUGGGAAUACGGCACGCUGGACAUCAAGCCUGUCGUGAAGGCCAUAGAUGUGCCUCAAGAUCUAGCGCCCUUGAGGUUGAAGGUCACGACGAACCUCGGUAAGGGCAAGCUCCAUUCAAGGGGCAGGGAUGGUAAGGUCAGACAGCAGGAUGAGGGCGGCACCAUGUGGAAAUCGCGAGGAGAUCGCGCCAUCCGCCUCCCGGUGAAGUCACGUUAUGCCUCACCGCUAGUCGUCGAGUUCCGCCAGGACGCAACUCUACGGGAUCACAGCCCAGCCUUUGGCAUCCUAUGGCUCAAGGAUCUCGUUGACAACGAAGAACAAACCGUCCGCCUCGACGUCUGGAAGGGCGAUCUGAAUCGCGCUAGGCACAACAUACUCGACAGCUAUGGCGAGAAGCUGGGCCAGAUCGAGAUGACACUAACCUUUUGGUCGGGGCUAUCAGGCUACCACGAUGACUAUGCAAAGGGUGACAAGCACCUCUUGAACGUCAUGGAGGUCCUCGACGUCUGCAACGACCAGGAGUACUCCGACUGGGACGAAACCAAUGGUUCCGGCGCACCCAACAUCCAGAGCUCCAAUAGCGACAACGACUCUUCUUCCUCGUCAUCUGAUACCGAGGAUGAGGACAAAUCCACGAUGCAGAAAAUCACUCCGGAUUUUUUGCAGAAACACAAGAAAACGGACAGCAAGCUCAGUGACGACGGCAAGAGAGGGACGCUGGAUCAGAUAAAGGAUUACAAGCAGCAUAACAAGGAUCUGCAUCGCAAGAAUAGGGGAUUGAUGCAGUGGAAGGGACCGAGAACGUUGGCGUGGAUGAAGCACACUGCAGACCGGGGAAAGAACAAGGUCAAGGAGAUGGUGCAUCAUAAGGAGAGGGGUGGGGGUGGGGGAAUUGAGACGGAGGCUUAGUUCACAUGUCGUUGAAGUUGAAAGGUUUAGCGUGAGCGUUUGGCGUUGUAGGUACCAAGUCGUUGAUGAUGAUCAACCAGCCGUCCGUCUUUGGAACCGCAGGCGUGUCCUUAAAAAGAAACAUGCUUUGAAUAUACAAGUAAUUGAAAGGAUCAUAAUGGCUGCAGCGUUAAAAUAGUCUUCUACACAGUACACUGAAUACUUCCUCGAG